AUGUGGUCACUUUUGCAGCAGCCGCUGCUCGAUGACACAGCGUUUGCCGUCUACGGCUGGAUCAUGCUCUACGACUGGGUGCAAGGUCGGCGCGAGGUGCUUUCGGUGGAAGGUGAUGCAGCCUCGAUCGUGCUCAUUUCGACAUCUUAUGACGCCCAAGAAAUACCAACGAGCGGUGACACCCGCUUUGUCAAGAAUGCGUCACAGAUCGCCAUCUACACGACCGCGUACGCCAGCACCGUGCUCGCACUCGUGGCGCUUCUCUGCGUCGUCCAUAGUGUGCGGCUCCGCUUUCGCAUCCUCGGUCGCAACCUCUUUCAGUUCAACCGCGUCGUUAUGUCGGGCGACCUAUCAUGCUUCUCCGCGGCAUGA